AUGGGUACGGCCGAGGCGACCUUACGCAUGGAGAACAUGGAGGUCAAGGACGAGUGGCAGGAUGAGGACUUCCCUCGGCCUUUGCCAGAGGAUGGGGAUUCUUGUGGACUGACAGACAACACUGCCUCUCCAGCAGCAGGCACUCUGCACCCAGGGUCCAACAUGGGAUCCCUCUCCCGCAGGAAGCGGCGCACUCUGCUCGCCCCGGAGAUGAACCUGUCCCUAGACCAGAGCGAAGGUUCCAUCCUGUCCGACGACUUCCUGGAAACGCCCGACAUCGACAUCGAUGACAUCGACACGCCGGACGAGACGGACUCCCUCGAGUUCAUCACCAAUGGCAACGAGCUGGAAUGGGAAGAUGACACCCCUGUGGCCUCUGCGAAGGGGACCCCGGGAAACGGAGCCGGGCAGGGGGGAGAGGAGGGCGACGGGGCGGGACGGCUGUGGCGCACCGUGAUCAUCGGGGAGCAGGAACAGCGCAUCGACAUGCAGGCCAUCAGGCCUUACCUGCGCGUGGUUACCCACGGAGGUUACUAUGGCGAAGGCCUGAGCGCCAUCAUCGUGUUCGCAGCCUGCCAUCUCCCCGACAGCGGCUGCACGGAUUAUCACUACAUCAUGGAGAACCUCUUCCUGUAUGUGAUCAGCAGCCUGGAGCUGCUGGUGGCGGAGGACUACAUGAUCAUUUACCUGAACGGGGCCACGCCACGCAGGAAGAUGCCCGGCAUCAACUGGCUCAAGAGGUGCUACCAGAUGAUCGACAGGAGGUUGCGGAAGAAUCUGAAGUGUCUGAUCAUCGCUCACCCUUCCUGGUUCAUCCGGACUGUUCUGGCCAUUUCAAGGCCUUUCAUCAGUGUGAAGUUCAUGGAAAAGAUCCGUUACGUGCAGAGCCUGGAGGAGCUCGCUCAGAUGGUGCCCAUGGACCACGUGCAGAUCCCGGAGUGCGUCUUGCAGUGUGAUGAGGAGAGAAUGAGGAGCCAAAGGGAAAGCUUUGAGCGUGAAAAGCAGCACUCUGAAGCAUCUGCCUCCAAAGAGAGUCCACUUUCCAUGGCUGAAGAGGCAGCGCCCUGAAAUCUUGGAAAGGGGUUCAGUUGAGGAUGGAGCAGCCAUGGACUGUGGUGCGUACAAUGGAAAGGAGGGGAAACAGAAUACAGAGGAAGUCAUAUGAGAGACUCUCAAAUUAAUCUUCAUUCUUGUCUUCACUGCCAAAUGAUGACCCACGUGGCCUCGCCAGCCUCUUGUGCACCAGCUCUUUACCUGCAGACAUCUUGUCUUGUUGACAGAGGAACGCUGACUUUCAAGACACUAAUGUACAGAACACAGACCCACAGUACACCACACACAAUACUGAUGUAUCUUACAGAACACUGACUUGUGGAAUUCUGAUGUUCAGAACAUUGAUCAACAGAAAGCUGAUCUACUGUACAGAACACAGAAUCAAACCACAGAACACUGCUCCAUAGAACACUGACCUGGAGUGGAAUGCUGAUGUACAGAACAUUGAUCCGCAGAACACUGAUGUACAGAACGCAGAACACAUGGACCUACAGACAGCCGACAUUAUCACAGUAUGUGGACUUUUGGAUCAACAUCCAACUGUGGACAACAACUUUUCGAAAGGACCAACUUCUACAAUACCAACCUCUCCUCGUUUCCGACAUCCAGCAUCCUCAGCUCAACGGAGGAAUCCCAGAAGUGAAUGUGGAACUGGACACCCACACACACACACACAC